UUUCCGCACAUUCUUGUGACUCACAAAGUUCUCAGGAAACAGGGAAUUUCUAGUGCAGUUAGGGAAAUUUCUGGAGCGGCGUGAGAAAUUUCGAAUUUGGGCGCAGCCUGGAAAUCCACAGGUAGGUGUUUCAGUGACCCUCCAGCUUUCCGGGCCGUAACUUCGAACUCCGAAAGGGCGGUGUCACCCUUCGCAAGUUUUCAGUCGAGAAUUUUUUUCGCGACACUCGGGCAAAAAAUGUUUUUGCCAAAAUAGUAAUAUUUGGAGUAAUUUCCAUCGUCUGCUAAGUAUCAUAGUUGAAGAAAAUAAAUACAUGAAGGAUAUUCAAAGACAUUGCGAUAGUCGUUGAAUGUUAAUACAGGGAGUACAGUGACAGUUUUAGAACAGUAAUUAUUUACUAAAAAAACAGCAAAGACAUAGACUCAGACAUCAAACUCUAAUAAAGACAACAUUACAGAGUUAUUGUUAAAAGUGAAGUGUGGAGUUGAAAAUAACUAUUGUAGGUACUAUUAUCGUUGUGCUUGUGAGAUAUUAUUCAGGAUAAGCAAUAGAAGAGGGCGACAUCAUUGAGCGAGUGAAGCUGAAACAUGGACUUGAGCUAGCGCUGCAGUGGUUUAGACUUGGAAGAUAUGCAGUGGCGAUACAUUGGAUUAUUACUCUUGCUUUUGGCUGUAAACGUGACCGGACUGCCAGGGCCGCAGAGCGGCACCCACGGUCAACCGCAGGCGGGGUCGCCGAGCACCCCGGGGCCACACGGCGGCAUCAUACGGCGCGGUCGCGGCUGGCGCGAAUGGCGGCGGGGCGAUCCGCAGCUCAUCAACACACUUUGGAAGAGCAAAACGCCUUUGGGCAACGCCGAGUUCUACAUAAUCCUGGCGCUGCUGAUCGGGCUGGUGACGGUGGUGAUAGGCUGCUGGCUGUCGGACAACUGCUGGUCACCGGAGCCGGAGAAUCUGAUUGCCACCGCAUAGCCAAGCGUCGUCCGGUCGCUGGCGGCCGCCCCCCUGCACCUGCCGCCUCCGCCGCCCCUCUGCACGCUGCUGCCACCUCCGGAGGCCGAGCCCACCCUCAACCAUACGUCGGGGACGGUGCGCCUCUGCCAGACCGGAUAGCACUGCGAGCAGCACGGCACCGACCGGCUGCUUCUCACCAACAGCGCCUUUGUCAGCGACGACGAGCAGGAUGACGUCAUCAGCGAGUGACCGGAACAAAAUGGCGGGGUGCGCAGACAGACUGCGCACUGCCAUAGGCAUCAGCAACGCUGCUGCACAUCCCGUCAUGCGGUCGGCAAAGACAACAAAAGUGCUCAUGCUCACCACCACAGUGCAAAAAAUCAAAGCAACAACUUCGAACACAGAGACCAUCACAAGUUCACAUCAGUUAGCAGAAGGUUGACCCUACCAUUACCCAUCAGAAGCAGUGAUCAGAACAUGUGUAAAGACUGCCAAAUUGCUCGUUUGCACUCCAAAAAUCUCUCUAAAAGGUUGACCAUACCAUUCCCCUCCAGGAAAACUCAUCAUCGAAACUCAUGUGACAUUUCGACAGGAGAACUGAGAGGUUUCCCUUCAAAAUGUGCCAAACAUCAUCAAUCAAUUUCCCAAAGUUUAAGGAACAAAAAUCCAGACACAAAGAUUCCUCCAGCUAAUAGUAGAUUGACCAUACCAUUCCCCACCUCUAAGCAGAAUGGCAAUGCACUGUUCAAACGUGAAAAAAAUGGACCAAACACUUCCAUCUUCAACAGUUUCAAACACAAACGUACGAACCAAAAGUUCACCACAGCUGGUAGGAGGCUGACGUUUCCAUUUCACAAUAGGAGUAGUAAUAAAAAAGUAUGCAGGGACAGUGACAUUGCUUGUGUGCAUACAAAUGCAUUGAAGGACACAGGUGAAAAGUACUUCCAGGUUACCAAAAGAUUAACCAUGCCAUUCACUACAAGAAACAAUUCAAGUCUAAAAUCAGAGAAGUGUGACAUUUCCUGCAUAACAAGUGAAUAUUAUAGAGGAGAAUAUGUUCAAUCAGCAAUCUCGCCUAACAGCAGAAGAUCAACUAUUCAGCUUCCCACCAGGUUCAGUAACGGAGCAAAACCUGAUACUACAAUGAUACAGAUACCACCAAGUAGCAAAAGAUCAACAAUUCCAUUCCCUACCAGACACAGUCAACACAAUACAAGCUCAGAAAGGUGUGGAAUCGCAUGUGUUACAAAGGAAAAAAAGAGUGAGAAUUUAUUUAGAGACUACCAACACAAGUCACUCUACCAAACAGAUAUCUAUGAGACUAUGGACAAGAUUCCUCCUUUGACUGGAAUAUCUCCACCAAGUCCGCCAAAGUACUACUGGAACAGAAAAAGGUUUCAGAGAACUUGGCCUCACAUCCAUAGGGAUGAAACGACUGAUGGAGCUGCAAAGAAUGUAGAAUCAAAUGAUGAAGAAGCGGGAUGGAAUGGAACCUCUCCGAGAGCUAAGAAAAAUAGUUGGAAAAUAUAUGAUAAUGAAAGCACACAAGAAAGAAGUACCAGCAAUCGAUACAUACGAUGGUUUUCCACAAAAUGGCACAGGAAAACUCCAGACUCAAAUGACAUGGAAAAGCGGCGUCGGAGUUUUCCUGACGACCUCAGUGGUUACAUAAAGUGGAUAUCAACCAGGGGGCGACACAAAGUGAAUUUCCAGUGGUUGGAGUCUGAGAAGAAGAAAAGCUUGUUUGGCGAAUUUGAAGGUUUACGUUCGAAUCUUGUGAAACAAUCGGUCAGCUUAAAUGUUGAUAGGAAAUGCUCAAGAGAUUGCUCCACUAUUGACGGUAGAAACCUAGGUAGCUGUCACUUGCAUUGUCAGAGUCAGUGCACAAACAAUUUUCCAGUAAAACACAAACUAUCAAAGCGAUAGUUUCGAACAACAUGCAAAAGUAUCAAGAUUCUUCAUUUCAAUCCGAAAUUUUGUAAAUAAUUCAUCAACUACUGUAAUAACUAUAAUUAUUCAAACAAUACUAUCGAUGAUUGAAUGUUGUAGUUUCCUAUUUGAAUAACAAGAAAACUUGAGUGUGCUAAUAAUUAGUGAUCUAGUAUUGUGGAAAAAUCAAUACUGUGUAAAUAUAUGCCAUUUUCCUUGAUAUGAAUAUUUGAAUAAUGUUUAUAUAUCUUUGUUGUUUGGUAAGUUUUGAGAUUUAAAGGCGAGUAUACUUGAAAAGAUAAAGAACUGACCAAAUUGUGAGAAUAGAAUGAGUUGGUGGUUUUACAACUUUUUCUAAAAUUCAUAUGUUUUCUCGUUUAUUGGAAAUUAUAUUAUCCAGAUUGACUUUGAAAUUAUUUUCUUACAUUUUUCCAUGGAAUACUUUAUUACGGUACUUAUCGCAUUUGAAAUGUUAAUGAGUUUCACAUGGAUAGCUACAUUGACACGGAGAAUAGGUUUGUGAUUUGAACAUGUACUAUUCUAGAAUUUCUCGAAGAUUCUAUAAAAUUGAAAUGAAAAUGAUAACGGAAUUAUCAACUUUGGAAUAAUAACAGGGUUUUAUUAUAGCCUUAAUAUUAAAACCUGAUGAGCUAUAAAUUGUGUACUUUAGAGCAAUGCCUUUUUUAAACAGUACCGUGCUAAAAAUCAAAAAGUAAAAGUCAUUUUCAAGUCUCAGUAAAAAUAAAAUAGCCAUAUAUGAACUAGAAGGGAGUAACAAAGUAAUUUAAUAUUACUCAAUGUAUCUAGAACACAAAGUAUUCUAGGUACAUUGAUAUUACUUACUUAGUUUGCUCACUUUAAUUGAUAGCCGUAUGUUGUAUCGUAUUUUCUGUAGCCUAUUAUUUUACAUAAUUAAUACUUUUCUAAAGUUUAUUAAAACUCCAUCAUCACUACUGAUUUUUUUUUAAAUAUUUAAGAUUUUUUUUCAGUUGAAAGUAUGUUCUUCCAUCAUAUUGUUAACGAAAAUGAAUAAGAUGGUUGAUGAUUUUGGCUCAAGAAUCUAUAUUUCCUAUGCUGUAGAAUUCGUAGAUUUGCCAAAUUCAAAUUUUUCCUAAAAUUUCUACAAAAAGGCCUCUAAUGCUCAACACUUCAUGAAUGUAAAAAGUAAGAAGUGCAAUUCCUGAAUCAUUAAUAAUAUAUGAGACAAUAAAUCCAUUGCCAAUUCACCAAUCAACUAUAGAUGGAGGACCAAUCACUGAAGCGGCAAUCAGAAAAAUGAUUUUUACUUUGGAGUAAAUCUAAAACGAAAAAAUAAUACAGCAGCAUAACAAAGAACUUGAACUCAAUAAUGCUGCAUAAUGAUUAAUUACUCCCUAAGAAAAUUGAAACUCUGUGAAUGGUUUUCAUUUUUAUGGAUAGAUACUUCAUCACUAGGGGAAGGCAACAAUGCUUACAAAAAUCCAAUGUUGUCAGAAAAUUUGUAUGUGAUCAUAUUUUAAAUAAGUUGCAGUCAAUUAUUGAAGGAAUACAAUGUUAUGAGUUUAAUGUCAUCAAUGCUUGACACACUUUUUUCAGAAACAGUUAUCUGAAUCAAAAGAGACUUAUGAGAGUCCCUGUCUAAAUAUGAUCAAAGUCUCAAAUUAUCAACCAAUAAACUAAUACAAAAAAUCAAAGUGCCAAUGAUUCAUCACCUGAAGACCUAUCAUUGAAUACUUCAUUCAAUUGUAUGAUAUUAUGAUUCGAGUAUAAUCGGCUUAAGGAAAAGUGAAUUGAAAAUAAGAUAAGAACAAUUUCAAUUUUACUAUAACUCACAGCUUUAUCUCCAUGUUCACUUGAACAAAUUCAAAUUUAUUACAAUAACAGUCAUUUCACAAUCAUAGUUUUGUGUUCUCAACGUUAUUUUGCUCAAUCAUAAUAGAUGAAGUUGAAAAGACUAACAGAUUGCAUCAAGGUACCUAGAAUACAGUAUUGCAUGGUACAUUGAAUUGCAUGGUAACGAAAUCGAUAUUAACGAAAAGUGAAGCCAGUUACACACACACAUAAAUCGAUUUUUGCAUGGACGUUUGAUUUUUUGCCGUCCUUAUGAAUUCUACCAGAUUAAACGGAACUUGACAAACAUCAACUAUUUGAUAACAACUGUUCAAUCUAAUGGAAUUCGUGAGGACGGCAAAAAAUAUUGUACCUACGUUCAAAAAUCGAUGUGUGUUUGUGUGGCUUCACCGGCUUAACUGGACUGAGGGCCUUCAUCGAACUAUUUGAAAUCUUACAGUAUUAGCAGCGAUCACACUGGAGUUAAUAACACGAGUUAUUAACAAAAUGUUAUUAACUUAACUGAAUCAUCGAAAUUUUUUCUUAAAAGUUAAUAACUCGUGUUUUUAACAGAAAAUUCCUUGUUAUUAGAGAAAAUAUUAACAUAGCCUAAAUGUUAAUGACUUUUGUUAUUAACAUCAGUCAACAACAAACAUUUUAAAAACUUGUGUUAUUCGUCUCCGCUGUGACGCAGCUUAAGUAACCAUAAGAAUAAUAAUCAAUGUUUAAAUUUUUUUUCAUCAUGAAAUUGUGAAAAUGCCAAAAACUGUAAAGGCCUACCUUUUCUAUUGUAAAUUAUCGCAUGAAUCAAAUUGUAUAAAUAAAAAGUGAGACGAUUGAGGAGUGAGUUGAUAGAUGCUCAAAGCUAUGAAGAGCUGAGGAGUUAUUGAAAAGCUCAAAUAAAUUAUUAUCUAUAAAAUUUAUCCUUCUAUUGUAAUAAACCAAACUGUAUAUUGUAUCCAAGUGAAUAAAUGUUCUACUAAUUUGUAAA